AGCGCGUCCACGAAACAGCAGCCGAGUCGGUGACAAUAAAGAUAAUCCCUCUGUGAGUAACGAUGGAGGAAUAUAACUCUGGAGAUGAGCAGGCGGUCUUCAACGCUGAUGAGGUCAAUGUCUCGGUUAAAGAGUGUAUUGAAGGUGUUAUCGGUGGCACAGAUUACAACCAGAGUAAAGUGAACCAGUGGACGGCCGGUAUAGUGGAGCACUCUCUGACUCACCUGGUGAAGCAAGGCCGUCCGUUCAAAUACAUAGUAAACUGUUCGAUCAUGCAGAAGAGCGGCGCUGGCCUCCACACAGCCAACUCCUGCUUCUGGGACACGACGACUGACGGAAGCUGCACCAUCAGGUGGGAGAAUCGCACCAUGUACUGUGUGGUCAGUGUGUUUGCUGUGGCGCUGUGAGCUGCUCUCUCUCUGGACACCAUCGUGUCUGAUGCUUGAAAUGGCACCGUGACCAAGAAGCCAUGAAGAUCCUCUGAUGUUUCCUUCUGGAUGUACAAGUAACUUGUUCCCCCCCCCACAGGCUUGAACUACAUAACGCCAGAAUAAGAGUCGUGGUUUGCAGAACGUUGCUUUGUAGGGACCACGGAGUCGUGCUUUAAGUAAUAACAUCGGAGUGAACACUAACUAGUUUCUCUCCCUAAUGUUGUAUUCUGUGUUUAAUAUGAAUCUUGAUUAGUUUUAAGCCGUGCUAGCAUCCCAAGCGUCUGUCCAGACUGAAAUAUCCCAACUACUAUUGGAUGGAGAGCCGUGAAAUGUACUGCAUACACUCUCAUUACGUGUGCUGCCUCAAGCGGGUUACAUUAUGAUUAGUUUGCAUGCGUUACUUUGGCUUAUGAACGAACGACAGUGUUUAAAGCUCAUUAAACGUUGGCUUCACGCCAAGACGGUGAACAGAGCCUAAGUACAGCCUCAGAAGACUCUUAGUAUGGUCUUCUUUUAUCUCUUUCAUUACAUUCCCGAAUGAAACGGUUUCUACGUUUGGUAUUUAACAAAAUCCGACUUGUGUUUUAGUAGAUAUCUGAUAACUUGUACAAAGUAUCUCUGGUCUGCCUUCAUGAUUUGUUGAUUAGUUUGUUUUUCCAGAUUGAUGGAGUUUAACGGUCAGAAGGAAAAAUGCACUUUUUCUAGACUCUGUAGAAAUCUUUAAUUUCUUCUGUAAAACUGAGUCCGUUGAGGUUGUUUAAUAAAGAGUUUUAACUAGUGCAUUCACAA